GAGAGCAGAGAGAGGACGGAGGACGCAGCACAGGCUUCAGCAGAAAGCAGCAGCAGCAGCGGACGGAAGGCGUCUGCAGACCUGAGACAUCGACACCCGCUCCGGGCUCCGGAUCCACCAAGAGGACUUGUCCUGCGAUCUUCCACAGGGACACCUAGAACAUGGUUUGGUCCCCGGAGAGUGAGGCGGAGCGUCCCCCGCUGUCCGUCAUCCUGCCGCGGCUCUACCUGGGAGCGGAGAGCGACGUGACGCAGGACCGGCUGGCCUCUCUGGGUAUCUCCUAUGUGCUGAGUGUGAGCCGCUGCAGCCCCCAACCCUCCUUCCUGCCCCGCUCCAGAUACCUUCGCAUCCCCAUUGAUGACUCCCUGUGGGACGACCUGCUGCCCUGGAUCCCCCAGGCUCUGCACUUCAUUGAUGCAGCCAUGUCUUCCGGUGCCUCGGUGCUGGUUCACUGCGCAGCAGGAAUCUCCCGCUCCCCCGCUCUGGCUGUGGCCUACAUCAUGUACAGCCUGGGGAUGGACCUGGACCACGCGUACAGGUUUGUGAAAGAGCGCCGGCCCUCCAUUUCCCCAAACUUCAACUUCCUGGGUCAGCUGCAGCACUUCCAGGGCACUCUGAGCCAGAAGGCCUCCGGCGGUGACCUCUCCCUCCAGCAGCUGGACGCCCGCCUGGCGUCCAUCGCUGACAGCACGAGCCACGCGUCCACCCCUCAGAAGGUGAAUUGUCAGGCCGACGGCGUCAGCAGCGGCACAGCAGCGGCUGAUUAUCAUCCUGACUAUCACACAGACAGAACGCAGCAGAGACACUCGCAUUCAGAAGGAGGUGGGGACCAGCAACGGUCCCUGUCUGGGAAACUUCGGACUCUCCAUCUGACUCUAGGUCAGAACCAGCAGCAAGUCCAGACGCCGCACGAGGUUCCAGCUCCGAACCCGCGUGAGCCCGUCAAACCAGCUGCAAAGCCCACACAGCUACAACUCCCAUCAGGCUCUGCUUCUCUGUUAGAGAAACGCAAAAGCCUCACCUUGUCUUUGACCCCUCUGGGAAUCAGCCCUCCCUCCCCGACAGGUAGCACGUCCAAAACUGUGCACAACAGUGAGACAGGAGGAAGGUCUGAGGCAAAGACACGGAGGAGCCCUGGCUUCUGCAGGCAAGCGGGGGACACCCGCAGGGAGCAGAGCCCCCCCCACAGCAAGUGCAGCAGGGCCGAGGUGCAGGAGCAGGGCCUGCUGUCGCCGUUCAGCUUCACCCUCAACAAGCUGCUGGGCUGGGGGGAGAGGCUGCUUCUGGGAGGGGUCUUUGUGCACCCUGUAAAGAUGGGACAGCCUGCACUGCCGUACAGGUGCUGAGGAUUCUGGGGGUGGAGUUGGGUGGGUGCGGGUGGGUGUUUCUAUCUGUGCAUGUUCGUUGAAAGGAACCAAACCACACGUGUGAUGUACACACACACACACACACAAACAGGGGGUCUGAAGGAACUGAACUUCUAUUUAUUUAUUUAUUUAUUUAUUUAUUUAUUGCAGAACUGAAUAUAAGAAGUGGACCCGUAAACAAACCUCCUCCCAGAAUGCAUCCUGUUUGUUCCACUGACCCUGCUCCGCUGUUCUUGUUCUUUGUAAAGAUGCCCUUAUUUUAAAAAAAAAAGACUUUUGGCAACACUGGCUUGAAAUGUAUUUACUGAUGAAUUAAAGAGGACAUUUCA